CGAGCAGUUGAGGAUUACCAUUCCGGAUACCCUCGUUUCUCCGCCCUAAUUGCCGCCCACGACUCAUUUCAGAUAUGCCGUCGCUUCUCGAAUCUCCGUUCUCGGCUUUUGCUUCUAAAACAAGACAAGCUUUCUAUGCUUGAACAGCGGCUGGAGACGAUCGAUGCGAAUGAGCAUGCUCCUUUAUUCCUUGGGAGUAGCCGCGACGAUAGAAAUGCAGAACGCUCUUCUACGCUCUUGGAGAUCGACACCGCUUUGGCCGAUUAUGACAAUUUUGUGGAAAGAACCCGUCGCAUGCGCGAGAGUGAAGACGCAGAGCCACGAAAUGUACGAAGCUUGCAGAACUGGGUCAACGGCAACGGAUGCCUGAGUUGGGAAGAUACAGCGUACUUGACCUAUUGCCAUGAUUUGCGGAGCGUAGUCCCCUCGAAAGAUGGCGCGGCCAUGCGGUUCGAGGCUUGGGUUGAGGAUUGUCUUGUCCGAUUACUAAGGAGACAUCAGAACAGCUCGCAACCCAAUUUAUCGAAGGAUCCACACGUGUUUGUGUUCUCGACUCCGUUCGUGGGUAGAGUGGCCCGGACGCUGAUUGUGUUGCUCAUUAUUGUGCUGUUGUCGCUGCCGAUAGUCGUUUGUCAUUCGGUAGGGAGCUCCUCGGCGCGGGUUGCUGUUAUCGUGUUAUCACUCGUGGCCUUUCUCGCAAUACUGUCUGGUUUUGUUACUAGAAGGACGAAUGAGUUGUUUCUAGCUGGAGCGACGUACACGACUGUUUUGGUGGUAUUUGUGUCUGGUACGAACAUAGGCACGAAUUGA